AUGGAUCUCCAAGGCACUCCUCUUCCUCACGGCGCCCGCAGCACCAAGGUUACCAAUGACCCUGAAGCCACUCAGAACCCCAUUGGAGAGCCUGCUGGCCCCAUCACAAAUGACUCUCUGGCCGCCGACUCUGUCCGCCAGGGCGGUGCCUUUUCUCAGAACCGUGGCGCCGAGCCCAUGGGCGUCUCAGGCUCCAAGUCCACUGUGAACAACACCGACACAUCCGCCGCUACGACCCUCCCCUCAGUCCCCGUGGGCGGUCUCCGCGAGAACCGCGAGGACCAGCAGAAGUACCCCGAGGCCCUCGGUGGCCAGGGUAACUUCCCCGGCACCCAUGGCUCUGGCUACGUUGGUGGUCCCUCCGCGGCCAAGCACGAGAUGGGCAUCAACGCUGGCGAGUACUCUGCCGCCAGCGGCAGUGGCCGCAGCCAGUACAAUGCUGGACAGGCCCCUUCCUACGUCAAUGACGUUACCGGCGACAUCCAGCACCCCAAACCUGAUGGCCGCAACAUCAAAGAGGGAGGCUUCCACUCCAACGAUGCUAAGAACGCCAGCUUCAACUCUGAGAUUGGUACCGAUCAGGACCCUGGUCGUGAGGCCUUGAAUAAGUUCCAGCGCAGCAACAAUGACACUUCUUCCAACGGCCCCCGCCAGAAGGUUGCUGAAGGCCAGACUCCUUACUCGGCCUUGGAGCGUGAUCAGCGCGCUUAA